CGCGGUCAUCGCGCCUCUCUUGGAAUUUGUUUUUCUCAACCUGAUUGCAGGCUGCAGCUGUUCAGUAUUGUUCAUUUGCCGACUCAUUUGUGCAGUGUUAUUUUGACACCCCAUCAUUUUAUUGUGUUUCGCACUUUGUAUUAGAAAGUGUUAAUGAGUAAACAUGGAUGCCUAUCAUCGCGACAUUAUCAUUUCCAAUAUUGACACACUCAUCGAAUGGACCGAUUAUGACAAAUUGAAGGAUGAUUGCAUAUCCAAGAACAUUUUAUCCAUCGACACGAUCCAUGAAAUUGAGAAAACCUCGCAUGACACAAAACUUCGGCACGAUCAACUCCUUCGACAGAUCACACAAGUCGAAACGAACGCACUCAACGUCCUAGUGGAGAUCUAUCAGUCGUCAAACUUCUGGGACGCCGCCGAUUUUCUAUCAUCGUUUGAGGAGCCUAAAACUGAUCAAAUAAUCCGAACAUUCCGAUCGCAAUGCAAUUUGACCGAACCAGUCAAACGUGUGGAGAAGGAUGGAAAUAUUUUGGGUAACGCAUCAAGUCGAAACAGCAUCGAGGACCUGCCAUUGCAACCAUUUUCUGGGAAUGUUAAUGCAACAUUCAAUGUGGUAAGGGCCGAGCGAUUUUGUUCCAGCAGAAUUCUUUCCUAUUCGAUGAAAUCGAAAAAUCGAGGUGUGCUCUUUCUGGUCAACAUUAUCAACAUUAGGGAUAAGCCGAAUCUGCAUCGAAAUGGUGCCAUAUUGGAUAAGGACCAGCUGAUUACGCUUUUCCAGCAGUUCGGGUUUCAAAUAUUUUAUUACGAGGAUCUGACACUGAAAGAGUUUCGGUGUCUCGUUGAGCAGCUGAUUGUUUCGAGGCACCUAAGAGUGACUGACUGUUUAGUAUUUUGUGUGCUGAGUCAUGGCUGCUUUAAGGAUGGUCAUCAAAUGAUUCAGUUUAGCGAUGGAGCGAAUGGUUCAAUUGAAGAUGUGAUCGUAAAAUUCAGCAAUAGGAGCUGUCCGCAUUUAAGACGAAAGCCGAAACUGUUCAUUUUCCCGAUGUGCAGGGGAAUCUCCAGCAAAAUAAAAGUCAAAACAUUCGACACACUAAACCACAACUUGCAAUGCGACAAUGUGCCAGCCUUCUCCGACAUGAAAAUAUGCUACGGGUCAGUGAAAGGAUUCGAAACGUUCCGCGACCGAAACGUUGGUUCCUGGUACAUUCGUGUGUUCUGCGAGAUUCUGGCAUCGUACGCACACUGUGAACAUUUUGACGAUAUGCAUAAAAUGAUCGGACAGCGAUUAGAGCAUUACUGCCAGUCGCGAUCGAACGGCAACGAAAAUUUCGUACAAACGAUCAGUUCGGAAGAUCUGGGAUUUACGCAGCAUCUCUUCUUCAAUCCCGGGUAUUUUGAAUAGGGUAACCGAUUGAGCGAUGACAUUGCAAACGGUUUUGUGUUCGAUUGGCUUUUUUGCCAAAUUUUGUCACAAAUUUUCACAAAAUGGAACUGAUCUCUGACUGGGAUUCAGUUCCAGUGUAAGGUGGACGUAUAACAAUUUGAUCGGGCAGGCAGGUCCGUUUACCUUCAUCAAUAAUUUAUUCCGUAGACUAAGUAGUUCUAAUAGUAUCUUUUCCCAUCGCUUCAUCCGCGGAAAAUUCGUUCGCUGUAGCAGAUGAACUCACUUCCGUCGGACAUUUCAGAACAACAUAAUUUAAUGUUUUGACCUGAGUGCCUUAUCUAUCAAUUGGACUAUGAGUCGACAUACAUAUCAGUUCCUCAGGAGACUGAGGUGUUCAAGUUAUGACAUUUUGUUUCCUAAGACGAAAUAGUUAUUUGUUCAACGAAGGAAGAAAAGGUGGAAAUUGCAUUUCGAGGGUGUUGUUUGUGACCAGAGCGUAGCGAGAGCC